CGCUGAGGGGCGUGUCGGGGGCGUGUCCGGGGCGUGGGGCGUGUCCCGCCCCGCCCAGCGCGGCUGGCGGCGGCGCCGAUGGGGCUGCGGGCCUGGCUGCGCUCCUGCUGUGGCUGCUGCGGCGGGGAGGCGGCGGCGCCCGAGAAGGAGCCUCUGAUCAGCAACAACAACCCCUACGCCUCCUUUGGAGCCACGCUGGCGCGGGACGAGGAGCAGAACCUGUGGAGCACCCCACACGACGUGACCCACACGGAGGCGGACGAUGACCGGGUGCUGUACAACAUGAUCGUGGUCAGGAACCAGCUGGACAAGGACUCGGAGGAAUGGCAAAAGCUCAACUAUGAUAUUUAUACCUUACGGCAGACCCGAAAAGAAGUGAGAAGCAGGUGGAAACACAUCUUGGAGGAUUUAGGUUUCCAGAAGGAAGCAGACUCCCUCUUAUCAGUGACCAAACUCAGCAUCAUCAGUGACUCUCAGAACAUGGGCAAAGCCCGAGACAUCUUGUUAAAGCUCUCCGAAGAGACAAACAUCUUCCCGACCAGCUGGGAGCUUUCUGAGCGCUACCUUUUCGUGGUGGAUCGGCUCAUAGCUCUGGAUGCUGCAGAUGAGUUCUUCAAGAUGGCCAGUGUGGUGUAUCCGAAGAGACCCAGUGGGGACAGAGUGGACAAUAGCCAGAAGGCCCCACAGCACAUCUCUGCUGUGAUGCCCUGAGGAGCACACCUUUCUGGUACAAGACGGACAGCAAGUUUCUUUCCCUCCAGGACCCAGCUCCUCUGCUGAGGAGUCAGCACAAGUAGUGCUGCUCCUUGUUUUCCUGCAGGGAAGCAACUGGGCAGCCAGAGCAGGGAGGCCAGCAAGCUGUGCCCAUCAGGAAGGCACAGGAAGGCAGAUUCUGGCCCUGAGUUGCUCCCAAACAGAAGGGAGCAAGAACUGCUGUAGCAUAGCCCCGGUGGGAGACCACUAGCUGAGUAGUAUGUGCAAUAGGCACGAGGAGAACCUGCCACACAAGGCUUUGCUACCAAUAGCUGCAGAAGUCUAGAUGCCUCUUGUUACAAGUGCUGCAAGGAGAUCCGCGUUUCCACCUUCCACUGGUACCUGCUACUGUCCCUACCCUUGCCCCUGCUAGCCAGGAGGGCCAGUGAGGGAGGAAAAAUACCUCAGCUGUCUACAACUCCAUGACAUUUCUCUGUGCACUGGUCCUCUUCCUUGUCCCCAUCCCCUGGCAGCACCGCUGGGCAGGUCCCAGGGCAUUCAGCAAAGAUGCAGGAGCAGCAUGUAGCCAUGAGAGGAGUGAGUGCCGGGUGGCAAAGCUCUGGAGCAGCGCUGCAGCUGGGUGCUGUGUCCCCUACCAUUAGGGGUUUGGAGUGCUAAGCAUGAUAUCUUAGAAGGAGGUAGAUUUUUAGAAAGGUGCUGAGGUCAGACCUAUUGAGAAUUUGGCUCCUGUACUGUCCUCUGAUUGCUUGCCCAGCAUCUUAAGUCAUUUCAGAAAGUUUUGGUCUUAAUUGCAUAAAAACCCCCCCCACUAUAAAGCUGCAUGUAGCGUCAAUAUAUACUGUCCCUGCUGUUAAUGAGGAUUUUUUAAUGAACAUACUUUAUAUUUUGGAUUUUUGUCUGAUAAUGAGCAAUAAUUUUAAAACAAGAUUUCAUCUUUUAAAAACAAGUGAAAGUUUUUCACUAGUUAACACAUGUGCUGCUAAUUUACCAGUCAAAGAUGCUGGUUACACAGGACCUCCCAGAAUAGCAAAACAGAGCUUUUAUUUGUUUAUACUUACAGUGUUUUAAAUGUAUAUAUAUUUAUGAAUUGUUUCUGUUUGUCAGUCUUCCUGGGAAACAUUUGCCUCAACGCAGGCCAUCAGUGAAAACUGAGUUUAAUAAACAAAACACAUUACAAAA